AUGCAUAUCAUAUCAGGCCAGCAACAGUUGCAGACACACAGACAGCCAGCCAACAGAACUCAUAUGCGCCGGUCGAGUAGUACUGGUUUACCGUACGACGAACGCAAGACUAGCACCGCGCCGAAAGGGCAGACUAGUGUGGGCUCCCUGACCACCCCGGCCACAUGGACAAUAAAUACGACAAAUACGACAAAUAAUCAGUCAACGAAUGCGAAUGCGAAUGCGACGGGCAAGGAAAACGGUGAGGCCAGACAGCCCAGAAAGAAAGCGUCGGAUAUUCGGCGCAAGGGAUCAGUCCGAGGGGGGUUGAAUAACGAGCUACUGGAAGAAUUCGGACCGGGACGGUCUUUAGAGACGCGGCGAUUGCGCUACGCUUUAGCCGGGGCAUAUGGGCCCUCCACCCGAAAUCAAGGUGCAGGACAGGGUAGUAUGCCUUCCCUCAACUCCGACAGUGCCAAAUUAGGUAGCAAUUACGGGAGCAACCCAGGACUGAGCAGCAAUUACGCGAGCCCAGUACAAUAUACCGGGAUGAGAAGUGCGGCUAGUGACGGUAGCACAGGCACCACGAGUUUUACUACCGCUCUCAGUACUGGGGAGAGCGACUACUACGGCCAUGGCAGAGGGACUGCUGGGUCGAGUUUGGGUUCUGGGUUAGGUUUAGGGUCUGGCCUAGGCUUGGGUUCUGGGUUGGGUUGGGGGUCGGCGGCUUCGAUUGCGGGUAUAAACUUGGGGUACUCGAAUAGUGCGAGUGCGAAUUUGAGCAUGACUCUGGGGGGUAAUCCUCCAAAUAUGGGCAAAAGUAACUCCAGAGGCGAUGUCGUGGAGAAAGGUAAAGGGAGCUCGAAGGUGAAAAUCCACCACGAUGGGAUAAACAAUACCGGUUCGAAAAGCGGAACGAACGCGGGGAAUAUCAGCGGGGGAGGUCUUCUGCAACGGCUCAGCGCCGCGUCUAAAAAUAGCGCAGCCCAGAUGGCGAGGAAAGUGGGGCCAACUGCAAGUAAGACGGGUGUUCGAGCCGAUAUGGGCGCCAAGAAUCCCGGGUACCUACCGGAUGUGAGGGUGGAUAUGCAGCAAGAAGCGGGGCGCAGGAAUAGCAACAGUGAUAGAAAGAAGGUGGAAAAGGGGGCAAGCGCAAGCGGCCGCUCCAAAUCAAAGUUCUACACCUACCACAGUCGGCGGAAAAGGACCGGAGAGGAGUGGCAUGAGGAGACGGGUUCGCCCAAUACUAGCCUGGAUAGGGCAGGGGGACUUGAUAGAAGUUUUAGAGGGAAUUAUAUGGGGAGUGGGUCGAAUCUCGGCAGCAGCGCUUCGUUCCGAAGGUUUAAGAUCACUCCCGAUAGCAACUCAAAGGAGCUGGCGCCUAACGACGGGGCAAUGGGCCAUAGCAGACGUAGUAGCGACGGUGAUGACAAAGAGAUGAAAGGUUUUAGUGCAGGCACGGGCGUGAGUUUUGCGUCGGUUGUUAAUGACAACGAUAUUGAUAUAGCUGUCGAAACGGCAUCGAAUACGGAUAUGAACGCUAUCGCUCCGGUUGCGAGUCAGGAGGGGGAGGGUGGUAGUCAUGGCAACGGUGUCCAUAGCAACGGCGGCGGUCGAGGCGUGACGGUGAAUAGGCGACAGAGGUCACACGCGCACCUGAAAGCGAAGAACAAAUAUAGGCGGCAUCGUGCCAAAAGCUCUCCUCUGAUUACAUUAGAGGAAAGCAAUUCUCCGGCGAAUCAGAAAGCUUCUAAAUAUAGAAGCCUGCGGAAGAUCAAGCACAAGGAGAAGAAAAGUGAGGAAUUUGAGAUGAAUGAAGUGUCGGAUUCCCGGAGGGCUGGUACUGUGUAUAGCGCUCGACCCGAAAGUUCGGUAUCUCCGUCAAGGUACAAUACACGAACACAAAGGCAAACACGAAUGCAAACGCAAUCACGGAGUGUGGAUAAACCAGCUGAGUUGAGUGACGAGGAUGCGGAUGACGAGCUCACUAUGGCGUCGAUGCUAAAAUAAACAAAUUGAAUAGAUAGUG